GGGCGACGGUCAUGGCCCUCGCUCCUUAUCCUCUCCGCGCCGCGCGCGCUUUGCCGUUGUCUUCCCCGUUCUUCUCGCCAAUUCGCUUUGGUAUCCUGUUUUAGUUUUCGUUUUGGGCGUAGAAAUGUUGGGUUUUAUCGAUUGAGGGGGUGUCGUGGGUUUUCGAGGAGAUGGAGGUUUGGGGGAUUUCGCGUUUUGGGUUCUCUUGGAGAAGGUGAUGAUGCCCCCGGUGGUUUGGUAAGCGAGAUCGAAGGGGAGGAGGAGGAGGAGGAUGAGGAGUCAGUGGAUGUGUUGAUGGCUUCGGUGGCCCCUGAGAGAUGGGAUGUUUUGGGUCUUGGACAAGCUAUGGUAGAUUUCUCUGGCAUGGUGGAUGAUGAGUUUCUAAUGAGAGUGGGAAUAGAGAAAGGCACUAGGAAGGUGGUUAAUCAUGAAGAGAGAGGUAGAGUUUUGCGUGCAAUGGAUGGUUGCAGUUAUAAGGCAGCUGCUGGAGGGUCUCUUUCCAAUACAUUGGUUGCUUUGGCUAGACUUGGUGGCCGAUCAGUGGGUGGUCCUGAUUUGAAUGUUGCGAUGGCAGGCAGUGUGGGUAGUGAUCCCCUUGGUGGCUUCUAUCGUGCAAAGCUUCGGCGGGCUAAUGUUAACUUUCUAUCCAAGCCUGUCAAGGAUGGUACAACUGGAACAGUUAUUGUUCUCACCACUCCAGAUGCACAGCGUACUAUGCUCGCAUACCAGGGCACUUCAUCUACAGUUGACUAUGAUCCAUACCUAGCAAGCAUAAUCUCAAAAACAAACUUGCUUGUCAUAGAAGGGUAUUUAUUUGAACUUCCUCAUACAAUCAAAACUAUAAUGAAAGCUUGUGAAGACGCACACAAGAAUGGUGCACUUAUUGCUGUUACAGCAUCUGAUGUGUCAUGUAUCGAGAGAUGUUAUGAUCAUUUCUGGGAAAUUAUAAGGAAUUAUGCUGAUAUUGUGUUUGCCAACAGUAAUGAAGCAAGAGCCUUUUGCAACUUGAACUCAAAUGACAGUGCCAUCUUAGCUACACGGUACUUGAGUCACUUUGUUCCUCUUGUUUCAGUUACCGACGGCCCACGUGGUUCUUACAUUGGUGUUAAAGGCGAAGCUAUAUACAUCCCCCCAUCUCCCUGCGUGCCCAUCGAUACUUGUGGAGCUGGCGACACUUAUGCUUCAGGCAUUCUUUACGGAAUCCUUAGGGGAGCUUCGGAUUUGAAAGGCAUGGGAAUGUUGGCCUCUAGAGUAGCAUCAGUUGUCGUUGCACAGCAAGGAACUCGUCUUCGAGUUCAAGAUGCCGGAAGACUAGCAGAGUCUUUUGCAUUGAAUCUUGAGAGCUCCCAAAUUUGCUCAGAUAUUGGCUCAGAUCACAUCUCCAGUUUAUGAUCAUUAUAUUAUGUGAAUUUUGAUUCUUCAUUCAACUGUUAAUUGAUAGAUUCAUUCAUUAAACAUUAGAAACUGAUGUAAUAUCAGGCUCCUCACCAUCUGUACUAAUCUACGAUACUUCCACCA